UUCACCUGAAACCGGUUCUACAACUUGUACUUAGAUUUUCUAAAUACAGUUCAGCGAUGGCGUAUGGACUGCAGCAUAUCCUGACGAUCGUUUCCAGUUUGAUUUUCCAUCUGAGCAUCUUCAGGUGGUUAGCGGCACCUGUGAUGAAGAAAAAAUCUCCAACUUUUAAGAAAUUGUCCCCGAAGGAACAAGUCGUCAUAACAAACAGUGUGAUGUCCUUGGUGCACAGUGUAGUUGUUGGAGGGAUGUCUGUGUACGUCUUCAUGUACCCAGGACAGGUACUACCGACUGUGUUUUGGUAUGAUUCAUCUAUCACGAGGCACGCAGCGUGCAUAUUUCUGGGAUACACAGUGGCAGAUCUACUGAUAAUGGCGACACAUCCCGCCCAGUACGAUCUGAUGAUGAUGGUUCAUCAUGUAAUGGGUGUGUUUGGAUCAGUGGCUGGAUCCGUGGAUCCCGUACUGCCCUACUAUAGCAACCUCGUUCUCUUGCAAGAACUGUCCAGUCCUUUCAUGAACAUGAGGAUCAUCUUGUAUUCACUGGGACAGAAGACUACGCAUCUGUACAAGUUGAACGGAGUUCUCUUGUUGUUGGUGUUUUUCACAUGUCGGCUCGCCACCAUCCCUCUGUGGUUCCGACUGUCUCCAUUCAUGGCGACAGGACAGCUGUACACAGUCAGCACGCCGCUACUCGUGACUAUCUUCGGCUGUAUGCCUGUAGUCUCUAUGUUUAACCUGUACUGGUUCACCAAGAUGUGUAAAGGUGCCUACCGUAUACUCUGUCGUGCGUAAACUCGCAUCUUUCUAUGGUACUUUGUUAAUCAUAAUGGAUCAAAUGUACAAUAGUGCGUUCAGAACUUGUGCAAUGGAAAAAAUGGUUGAUUAUGACGGUGCUACAUUAUUUGAUGAAUUAUAAUAUGAAGAUAGUCAAAUAAAGAUAAAUAUAUAUAUAUAUUCACAGUUAUGGUAAUUCUUCAUGUAAAAUCGUCUCAUCAUACUACCUUUUGAA